AUGAAGAAGCAAAAUGUACGCACUUUGUCAUUAAUUGUGUGCACAUUUACAUACUUGCUUGUUGGUGCUGCCGUUUUUGAUGCACUCGAAUCCACUACCGAGAGGAAUCGAUUUGAAGUUUUACAAGCAAUCGAAGGUAUGAUAAUUCGUAAAUAUAACAUAACCGAGGAGGAUUUCCGCGUAAUGGAGACAGUGGUUCUCAAGUCGGAGCCGCAUAAAGCGGGCCAGCAGUGGAAGUUCACUGGCGCCUUCUAUUACGCUACUACAGUUCUUACUACUAUCGGUUAUGGUCAUUCAACUCCGUCAACUAUAGGUGGCAAGUUAUUCACAAUGUUCUAUGCUAUAGUCGGUAUACCACUGGGACUGAUCAUGUUUCAGAGCAUCGGUGAAAGAGUUAACAGGCUUAGUAGUGUGAUAAUAAAGUCAAUAAAGCGCGCCAUGAACUGCAGUCAGACGAAUGCCUCUGAGGUGGAUCUAAUCUGUGUGGUGACCAUACUAUCCUCACUCACUAUAGCUGGUGGUGCGGCUGCCUUCUCUAAGUUCGAGGGCUGGAGCUAUUUUGAUAGUGUUUACUAUUGCUUCAUUACACUUACUACUAUUGGUUUCGGCGACAUGGUAGCGCUCCAAAAGGACAACGCCCUUAACCGCAAGCCGUCGUACGUAAUGUUCGCGCUGAUCUUCAUUCUGUUCGGUCUGGCUAUAGUGGCUGCCUGCCUCAACCUGCUCGUGUUGAGGUUCGUGACUAUGAACACUGAGGACGAGAAGAGGGACCAGGCGCAGGCAGAACAGGCGCAGCAGGUGGCCGUCCGUCUGGAGGGUGACGUCAUCACAGCUGACGGAGCGGUGCUGAGAGGAGUCGCCCGGGGUACACGACUACCCGCGCCACACGCACUCAUUACAGCUGGUGAUCCAUCAAUGACACCUCUGUACAUAGAUGAUGAGUACUCUCCAAGUGUGUGUAGCUGUUCUUGUAGUUGCUUCAGGAAAACUAUGGGUAUACCAUAUAGAGAUCCAUUAUCACCCGUUCCGCCGACAAAUAUAAAAGAGAUACGAGCGAAGAAUUACAGAGAAUUAGGAAAUAUGCCGCGACAUAUAGAAAAAACAUCCACUAAUAGAUCACAAUCAUUAAGACUCAACUCAGCGUCUGGCUAUCUAUACAUGAACGCUAAGUCAAAUGACUUCCAAAUAGAUUCGGAAGAUUUCAGAGAUAUAGUUGCGAAGAGACGCGAACAACUGAAGAAGGGAAUGACAAGUAUGACUGAACAAUACAUACAUACAUACAGACAUAGCUACAGAACAGACAGCCGGAGCUCACUAUACUCUAUGAACAUGAACGAGAAUAGAUCAAAUGACCCAUUAGUAGACGACUGCGACUCGGAAAAAUCAAGCUACGAAAGAAAGAAGAUUAUAAAGAACAUAGAAAGAAAUACAAAUAGAAGGAACGAAAAUUACUUCUAUGACGACGCGAUUCUGCAUUUCGACGACGAAUACGCGUUCGAUGGGUCAAUAAUAUUCGCGAAACGCAGAAAAUCCAUUGACCGUAAUAUAGAUUUCACUUGCGAUCUUCCAAACACUAUUUACGAUCAAAUAUCAAACGACAGCUACGGUUACUACUUGCCCGACGACGAAGAAGAGGAUUUGUAUUUCGUUAACGACACACUAACAUUCAACCUGCCUCCGCAUCGCGCUAGUAUAUAA